AUGUCAAGUGAAGUCUCCUCGUCUCGACCUCCUCUGACUUCUGGUUCCUCGAAACUUCUGUUGGGGAAGCGGGAGGAUGCCGUCGUUCUGUCAAGAGGGCAGUGCUUGUACGACGUCGCUGACUUGGAAUCGAUACCAAUGGAGGAGGCGAAGGAUGUCAUUAAUAAGCCGGAAAUGGCUCAUUUCAAGGAAAAGAAAGGAAAACCUGUCAAGCUGUCGUCAAGCAAGUAUGUCAAGGCAUCAAAGGGCAAGGUCAGCACAAGAAAGUCAUCCGAUCCUCGACCGGCGGUCGUUGAGAUUCCUUUGAGGUCCGGUUCGAGGCCAGCUAGCGCUCAGCACAGCAAGGUCGAACUCUCGUCGGACUAUUUCAACAGGUCCAUGUACGGAACUCCCAACACCCUCCAACCCUUUCACGCCUCCGACCGCCCGCGGUCAGCACACCUUGCAGGCAGCGGAAGGGUCUCGACGGGGCACGUGAGCAGCAGGUCGGGCAGGCCGCGAUCGGCUCUCGGGUCCAUGUGUGCGAAUCAUUUUAUCGCCGAGGAUGAGCGGGAGGGAGUGAACAAGCAUGAAGGGGAAGGGGAAGAGGUGCAUCAUCAGCACCACCUCCAUCCUCCAUCCUCCGCCCGGCCCAUGUCAGCUCUCAGCGGCAUGAGCACGCGGCCCAACUCUGCAAUGCAGGGACAUGGGAAGUUCCUGUCGGACGACGGGCUGCUGCCUGCCCAGCACGGCCGAUCGCCUCAGCUGCAGACCCUGUCGGAGCAGCCCGGGGGACAUCGGCACUCGGUGGCAGGAAGCGAGGCCUUCGGAGAGCAACAUGGGAGGGGGAAGGGGGGAAGACGGGGGAGGGGAGGCCCUUCACCGUCGUCGCCUCCUCGUGUUCCUGUUGUGAUUGGGAAGAAGCUUGAGGAAUACUCCAUGGGCAGCUUCUUCGAUAUCCAGAUGGCGAUCGUGGCAGGCAAGAGAGAUCUCCGUCGUCUGCAGAUCCAGAGUCAAGUGGCCCAUCAGAAGAAGGAGGGAGAGGAAACAGCCUCCCUCCAGCUCCAGGUCGAGACGCUGAAAAGGGAGUUUAACAAAGUUCGCUCUGCGCGGAUUGAGAAGGAGAAACUCCUGGCAAAGCGGAAGGAGACGACAGCGGCUUACCUUGCUGAGGUUGUGCCGGACGGGCUGCUGGACAAGAAGAUCGAACGCUUGAAGAGAGCCAACGAUGAAUUGUGCGGACUGACUGACAAGCAGAAGGAGAAAAGCUGGACCCUGCACUUCAUGCUGAGGAGGCUGGAUGAUCUCGUCGAAGAAGAGUCAAAGAUGCUGCAGGCGAUGAAGAACGAGGUCGCAAGGGUCUCGUCGCUCAACCAGUGGGAGAAACAACGAUGUGGAGUUGUCAAACAUGACGCGAACAUGGCCGUCACGUCCCUCAAGGCGAGGAGGAAGCUGAUCGAGUACGAUCACUGUUCCUGGAACCUCUUCAUGAGCAAAAGGAAGGCGAGAGAGGAGAAAGAACGGUCCAAGGUCGCCCAGCUCGCCAGUGAGGGAGUUGGAUCGAGCGGAGAGGUGGGAGUGAAGGAGGAGGAGGAAGGGAAUGCCCAGGGAGGAGGGCAAGAGGAGAUCAGUGCUUCGCGGAGAGGGAGAGCGCUGUACCGCUUGCUGGAUCAUGAGGAGAAGACGAUGAGGAUGAGACACUGGAGGUUUGCGUCCAAGACGAUCCACAUGCUGAAGGAGAGCAAGCUAUCGCUAGAGAGCGUCGAGGAGCAGAUCAGCAGGAGCGAGCACGACAUGUCUGUUCUACAUGAGGCGUCCGGUCGGACUUACGCCGAGAGCAUCGUUGAGAGAUUCUUCGACUGCAAGGAGAACAAGAUGUACUGGGAGAGGCUGGCAAGAGAGCAGGAGGAGGAGCUGCAGCAGCUGCACAAGGAGCAUGAGGAGCUCGCGGACAUCCUGAUAAAGAGCAAGUACCUUGCAGAUGCGAGUGAGGAGGGGAAGGAAGAGGAGAUGGAAAAGAAAGGACAUCAGGGAAGUGUCAAGGUGGGAGAGAGGAGGGAUCGAAAGAUUGAUAGGAGUGAGGAGGAGGAGGAGGAGGAGGAGGACGAGGGUUGGACUCCUUCAGCAUCGUUGGACUUGACGAUCGAGACGAAAUUUAGGGAGAUGGUGAGGUCGCUGCAGGGGAAGAUGCAUCGGGCAAAGUUGGCGAAGAAACAAGUGAAGCAGCAGCUGAAAAACAGGCUGAGGUAUAUCCAUCAGGCGCAGUAUGGUGUCAGCGUGUUGAGCGGCCGAGCCGACGUGCUGGAGAACGACGACAAGUUGAUGAAGGCGUACGACGAGUAUCUGUAUGCGAAGAAGAGAGAUGAAGAUCAGAAGGCUCUGUACGAGAGUCUGAGCAAGGGAGAGGGCGCGUCUUCGGGCAUCGGCGACUUUCUCUCAAAACUCCACAAGGAUGACAGUUGGGAGCAUGAUGAUAUUAGGGGAGUGAGGCAGACUGUGAGGUCGCUGAAUCACACGAGAGACCUUCUCAUCACAGCCCUCAAGCUCAUCAGUGCAGCUCCUCUCGUCAGCGCUGAAGAAACAAGACGACAAGAACUGUCCUUCGACCUUGACGUCGAAAACCUCGAGGAAGUACAAGACGAAACUCCACAAACUCUGUCAAACUCUACAAGCUUUCGCAAAGAAGGGCUUCUUGAAUCCAUCCCUCGGGUUGGACGAACAAUCUUGGACAAACGAGCUCUCGAAAAAGCUCUUUCAAGCUUGAAAGACGGUCAAGACUCUGUCAACACAAAUUUUGUCGAUCUGUCGGACUCAGCAAACAACUGUCGAAUCAGCUUUCCCAACGAGAAGGUCGUGAAGACUAAGUUGAAGCUGAUGAAGAAGAUCGAUACCGACAUGGCGGGGGAGAUGGAAGAGGCUCUUUCAAGGUUUUCAAUCAAGGAGAUGCAAGCAAAAGGGAAGCACGUGCACUUGAAUUUGGAUGAGGAUGAGCAAGACGAAGGCGUUCAGCUACAUCAUCAUCACCAUGUCGAUCCAGUGCAAUACGAAAUCGUGCAGUUCAAGGAUGGCGAGGAGGAGGAGGAGGAGGAAGAGGAGGGAGCGUUCGAUCGUGAGUGGGAGGCUCAGAGGAGGAUGUUGAAAAGCCAAUCAACCAAGAAGGUCAUGAGGAUGCGAAGAGAACUUCACAAAGUGAGACAACAGCGAUAA